UCUCUUCCAGACAUGGCGGCAACUCCGGCAACGAACCCUUCACAGUUGCUCCCUUUGGAGCUGGUGGACAAGUGCAUCGGGUCUCGAAUUCACAUCGUCAUGAAAAACGACAAAGAGAUUGUCGGCACUUUGCUGGGAUUCGACGACUUUGUCAACAUGGUGCUGGAGGACGUGACAGAAUUUGAGAUCACACCAGAAGGGAGAAGGAUAACCAAGCUCGAUCAAAUCCUACUCAACGGCAACAACAUCACAAUGCUCAUUCCUGGAGGGGAAGGUCCAGAAGUAUGAGAAAGAAAUGGAAAAUUUUGCAUAACUUCUUGCAUUGUUAAUUUGAGCUCCUCUUCCCUCUUAAGAUAAUCAUUGCUUUGUGUCUUUUUUUUUAUUUUGGAUAAAGUUAUUUUUUGUAACAAAAAAAGGAUCCCGGUGGGAGCUGUUUGGAUUGUUGUGUGAACAGAAAAAAAUGCAGAACUGCUAGAUGGCAAAAUCCUUUUGUUUUCUUUUUGUUAUAAAUAAAUCACGUGAUUAGGUGGCCCCCUUGGGGACUUCAUUUGUAAAUGCCUUCUUUUUCUGUCUCCAUUUUAUUGUUUCAAUUAAAAAUAAGAUAGGAUCAACUACAACAGUGAACAUUUGAAUGCUGGAUACUCCCCCCAUUAGAAUUCAGAGGAUUUACAUGUAUAGUUCCACAGAAAACAUUGAUAGGGUGUAUGACAUGGGUGCAGUUUUGUAAACUGUACAUUGUUAACUCUGCAUUAUAAACACCUUUAC